AUGGCGUCGUUUCGGAAUGUCGUCCUGGCUGCCAUAGUGAAGAGCCUGCUACGGGGCAAGUCACUGAUUCAAGCCAUAUUCGCCUACUGGGUGAGCCCACUGGCGUUUGAAGAGGGUAAAGCGGGCCAUAUUGGCGCCGCGGGCCAUCGCCUAUCAACAAAAACCCUGGAUGAGUUUCUCAAGGAGGCAGAGGCCGCGCUGUUGGGUCCCAUCAGCGGGGACGGCCUCACCCGACUGUCGACAGAUCUGAAGAAGCAAUUUCUGGAGCGUUUGCAGUCCGACCUGGAGUGUAUGCUGCCAUCGUAUAGCCAUCAGCUACCCACCGGCAAGGAGACUGGCCAGUAUCUCGCGCUUGAUGUUGGUGGCUCAACAUUGCGCGUGGCGGUAGUGGAACUCGGCCUAGGUGAGACUGGACAACAAGAGAGUAAGAUUCUUCGGUUUCGAAACUUUCGUAUCGACAAGCCCAUCAAGGACCUGGAGGGGGUGGCUUUCUUUGACUGGAUGGCGGCGAGGAUAGUGGAAACCGUGGCAACGGAUAUGAAGCGGGAGCACAGCUCUGAUCAGCCUCUACCUAUGGCGCUGGCCUGGAGCUUUCCUAUCGAGCAAACAUCGUUGGGCGCAGGCAAGCUUCAGGCUAUGGGUAAGGGAUUCAUGGCGAAUAAGGGCCUCAUUGGCCAAGACCUAGGCGAGAUUGUCGAAGCGGCUUGCAAGAAUCAGGGUUUGGACGUCGAAGUUGAGGCCAUCAUCAACGAUUCGAGCGCGUGUUUGCUCUCGCAGGCAUAUACACACCCAUCGACACGUUUCGGUCUUAUUCUAGGGACAGGUCUAAACGUUGCGGUCUACCUCCCCACCACUCUCAUUGGUCGACAAAAGUUUGGCACACGGCCCGUUGGCUGGUUCGAUCGAGCGAGCCAUGUCAUUGUGAAUACGGAGUUGGGUAUGUUUGGGAAGGAUAUUCUGCCCAUCACGAGGUGGGACCGUCAACUACUUGAUGGCCACCCGCGACCAGACUUUCAGCCCGUGGAGCAUAUGUCAAGCGGCAUGUAUCUCGGCGAGAUUGCGCGCUUUGCCCUGAUCGAGGCCAUCGAGACCGCGGGUAUCUUUGGUGGAGUCGUGCCAGCAUCGCUCACGACGCCUUAUUCCUUGAGCACAGAGACGCUGUCCAUCGUGGAGAGGCAUGUAUCCCGCCGAGGUUUCAGAGAUUCUGUGCUAACAAUCAUCAGCGACGAGUCCAGCGAUCUGUCACACGCGAAACAACUUUUCGCUGAACGACAUCCUGCAUCACACCAGCCCACGACAUCGGAUCUCAUCGGUCUGCGUGCCUUAGCCUCAUACGUGUCCAUCCGCUCGAGUGCCCUUGUCGCGACGUGCGUCUACACUCUGUGGGACAUUCGAUUAGAAAGCCACAAGGCCUACGUCGACAGUCUCCCUGUUGCGUCGCCCGAGCGGACCAUUGCCGCGUCAGAUCUCCAACUUGGCAAGACCAUGGUUGCGUUCAACGGCAGCGUGAUCGAACAGUACCCAAACUACCGGGGCAAUUGCCAGCGCUUUGCCAACGAUCUUGUGCAGGCCAACGGGUGCUCGCAAGCCGGGACAAUCGAGCUGGUACCAGCAAAGGAAAGCUCACUCAUCGGUGCGGCGGUGGCCUCGGCAUGUGUACAAGGAGGGUCUCAGCUUGAGCCUGAGAUCGUGCAUGCGGAUACACAAUCACCACAUCGUCGGCCUCAGGCAACCGCGCAGCUCCCUUUCUCCGCGCGGCAGCUUUCCAAGUCAGAGCUUCCCGUGUUCAGGUCAUUGUUUGGCUAUUAUUUGAGCGUGCAGAAACAGAUCGAGCUUGAGAACAUUGACGAGAGAGAGAUCAAGGGAAGGUGGAAGAGCUUCGUCGGCAAAUGGAACCGAGGCGAGCUGGCAGAGGGCUGGUAUGAUCCCGAGAUGUUCGCCCGCAUCUGCGCCGAACCACGCCAACCUCGGAUGAGUGAACCUCAAGACGAAAUCAGCGUAAUAGCGCCAAAACAAGCAUCCCACCAGCCUGCACGCGAGGACGAUCAAGGAGACAGCGGGGAUGACUAUGGGCCGGUGCCUCCCCCUGCAGGACGCGUCGGUCCAGGCGCGCCGUCCCUGCAAGACCUCGAGCACAGAGACGAGUUGUUGGAGGAAGACCGUGCAGACUCGCGCUCCGCAUUGCAGUCAGCCAGGAAAGCCGACCGCGCGCUGCAAAAGGAGCGUCUAGAUGACAUGGCGCCCCGCGCGGACGCAGGCACCCGGGAGCGCAAGCUCGAGAACCGCGCCGCGGUCAACACCAAGAUGCGCGAGUUUCGCGAUCGCUCCCCGGGCACCAUGGAGGCGAACGAGCGGGAGGUCAUGGGCGAUGAUGGCGUGGACGAGUACAAGCGGCUGAAGAAGGAGCAGGAGAGGAAGAAGAGCGAGCGCGAGAUUCGACGCGAGGAGAUGGACAGGGCGCGCCAGGAGGAGAUGGAGGAGAAGCGGAGGAGAUGGAGAGAAAGAGAGGAGGGCACGGUCAAUAUGCUCAAGCAACUGGCCAAGGAGAGGUUUGGUUGA